UUAGUGACGUGCGAUCUCUCGUCCGACUGACAUUCUUAUGAAGAAUCUCAGGUUGAAUCCCCUGUCCGGACCUGCUGACAAUACUGUACCACAGACUUCACGAGUUUUAUCACAACACACGCCUCACAGGCUGUUCUACUGUAACCUAACCACUGCGCCAACCACCCGUGAUACAGUAUGAGUUACCGCGUGGUUCUCGUGCUGGUUCUAGUGACCACUUUAGCCUCGAGGUCGGACGCUUUGUUCUUUGUCGGACUCAACGGACAUUCCGACUGCGGGGUGCUACCCUACGUCUACGGCACGUUCCACAUUGGCUGCGUGUAUCCUUACACCCGCGGGGAGACCUGCUACUUCCGCUGCUUCCCGGGGUUUGUCCCCGUCUCUGGGAGUCAGAUCAUCGUGCCCAGGACGUGCUUGGACGACGGCACCUGGUCUGGGGAGCCACUGAGAUGCCGCAGAGGUUUCUUCUUCUUCUUCGGUAAGAAGUGAACACCCGAACCUCUGCACUGAUCUUCCUCAGCAAAAACUACAGCCAACACAACCACGCUUUGCCAGCGCACUGAACAGUAUAAAUCUGCACUCUAACACCGAAAUGCUACAUCACCUGUUUAGAGAACAAACAAACAACAUAUGGGAAGAAUUAGAGAUGACGUGGUGACUUACGUCCAAUAUUAAAGUGGGAUAAUCGUCUUCCACUGUCUCAGAAAAAGAAGUCAAACCCAAUAAGUUACAUCUUUAAGUUAAACUAUAGUAGUCGCU